AUGUUGAAAAGUUCCAACCUGAUUUCUCCAUCCCAAUUGGCAAGCUUUUUCAAAUCUACCAACUCAAGAUUGGUCGCUGUCGAUGCAUCUUGGUAUAUGCCUAACGUACCUGACAAUGGAUUUUUGAAGUAUCGUCAGGUCCGAUUAGGAGCCAAUUCUGUUUUCUUCGACAUUGACCUUGUCAAGGAUGAUUCCAGUCAUUUCCCACAUAUGUUACCAAGUGUUGAAAAAUUCAACAAAGAGGUUAGCGACUUGGGUAUCACUAAAGAGGAUACACUGCUGUUUUAUGACCAGCAGGGAAUUUUCUCAGCACCCAGAGCUCUUUGGAUGUUUGAGAUAUUCGGGCAUGACCCUGCUAAAUUGGCUAUUCUUAACACGUUUCCAAACUACUCUCAAACGAUUGGAGAGUCGACUUUUGCUUCAAAGGUGCAAGACGAUAUACCUUACUUGAACACCAAACCCGUUACGAGCCCAACUCCAUUUCAGAAAUCAGACUACAAGUCUUCAGGGAUUGAUGGAUCGAAGAUCAUUUCUUACGAAGAAUUACUCUAUCUCGUCGAAGCCGAUCAAAUCGGGACACAUUUUACUCUGAUCGAUGCUAGAGGUUCUUCCAGAUUCACAGGUGAAUCUCCGGAACCAAGACCUGGUUUGAGUUCAGGACAUGUGCCUAAAGCAAUAUCAUUGCCCUUUACUGAACUAAUAGCAUCCGAUGGCUCGUAUCUCUCCCAGUCUGCAUUGGUCUCGCAGUUUGAAUCCAGGAAAAUCGAUGACUCCAAACCAAUUAUUGUUAUGUGUGGAACAGGUGUUACUGCCUGCGUUCUGAGAACGGGGCUGCAGCGUGCAGGACUAGGGUCGAAGGGAAUUAAGGUUUACGAUGGUAGUUGGACUGAAUGGGCUCAAAGAGCACCAAAAAAAUUCAUUGUGAAGGAUAUCUAA